AUGUCCCUUGCAGAGUUUGAUGAAAUAGAUUUCACCCAUUCAGCACCAAGAUUAGAUAGACCUUCAGAUUAUCUUAUGAAGAAGGCAAGAAGAAGACAUAAUGGAUUACAAGAUAUUAGAGAUUCUUAUAAAUCAGCUACAAUUUAUGUUGGUAAUUUAUCAUUUUAUACAACUGAAGAACAAAUCUAUGAAUUAUUUUCAAAAGUUGGUCCAAUAAAACAAAUUAUUAUGGGUCUUGAUAGAUUUAAUUAUACUCCAUGUGGGUUUUGUUUUGUUGUUUAUAAAAAACCUUCUGAUGCUAUAAAUGCUGUUAAAUAUCUUGGUGAAACUAAAUUAGAAGAUAGAUUAGUUACAAUUGAUUUAGAUCCGGGUUUCCAAGAUGGUAGACAAUUUGGUAGAGGUGCAAGUGGUGGUCAAGUUAAAGAUGAAAUGAAAUUUGAAUAUGGUGCAGGUAAUAUUGCAGGUCCAGGUGGUAUACAAGCUAAUUUCCAACCUACUCCAAUUCCAAUUAAUUCAAAUGGUGAAAUUCCUGUUGGAUUACAACCAAUUGGUGCGUUCCCUCAACAAGAUUCAAAUUCAAAUAUUAGAUUUGGUAAUAGAAGAAUUGCUGGUGGUGGUGAUUAUUAUAAACCUGGUUUAGAAAAUUCUCAAUCAAUUGGUGAUAGUUAUGUUCCAGGUGAAUCAAAUGAAAAUGAAAAUGAACAAUCAAAUGAAAAUGAAAAUAAUCAACCAAAUGAUGUUGAAGUUGAAAAUUGA